AUGCCUCUCAUCAUUUCCCCCAUGGUUGAGGAUGACAUUCCCAUCAUUGUCGCCAUCGAGCACGCGGCUGUGGUGCAAAGUCCCCUGAACCCGCUGACGGUGGUCCGGAAGAAACUUGCCAACAUUCCGACUGGCGAGAAUUCAGACGAAGAAUACCUCAAGAGCAUUGAGGCAAUCGUUCUCGCUGGCUAUCGCCGGCGCGCCCAGGAGAACACGUAUUUCUACAAGCUCAUCGACACAGACAUUCCGGCGGACUCCGACAAACACCGCGGCAUUGUCUCUUUCCUCGUGUGGAGAAUUGUUACAGGCAGCGGCAGGGAUGAAGUGAGGGGGACGCAAGACAACGGGCAUGAUGCCUGCAGAGAGGACGCGCCUGAGAUGCGUUCCGUUGCUGCCGCCAAUCAUGACGAAAAGAAAAGCGAUGACCAAAGCGUCAGCGCCUUUUCCGGAACGGCAGUCGGACGAGAAUUGAACCGCCUUGCAGCUCGCUUCCGACAAGAGCAUUUCCCCAACGAGCCAUAUCAGGUGUUCGAGGUCGGGAUGACCCUCCCAGCUUACUGGCGCCGUGGCGCUCUUAGCAUGCUGCUGGAGCAUGCUUUGCAAGUGGCGGAUGAGAGAGGGAUUAUAUCAGUGAUGCAAGCGUCUGAAAUGGGAUGGCCACUGUACCACAGCUUGGGCUUCGAGGUGGUGAAGGAAACGGCCCUCGACCUCAAGCCAUUCGGUCUUGAUGCCAGUGUGCCUCACAGAGAUAUGAUACGGCGACCUGGACGUGGAGUCCUGGACCCGGAAGCUCUACCGAAUCUGCGAACCCUCAUUCUGACAGGGGAGAAACUCAAUGAAAGUGUUCUCACGCCCUGGGUGACAGCUGGAGUCCGUGUCGUCAAUGCCUACGGGCCCACAGAAUGCACCAUCAUGUGUGCCGCCAAUACCAAUGUUACCAGUGCACGAGAGACCGAGAGCAUUGGGUGUGGUUUGGGCGCUACACUCUGGCUAGCAGACGUCAAUGAUAUCGGCAGACUAGCUCCCAUCGGCGCGGUCGGCGAACUCCUUAUUGAGGGGCCACUGAUUGGCCAAGGAUAUCUCGGCGACGAAGUCAAGACCCAAGAGGCCUUAUGCCUCCCUCCUCCAGCUGGGUACCUGGCCGGCGUCGCGCACGCCCCUCAAGCUAGGCUCUUCCGCACCAGGGAUCUUGCUCGCUAUAACGUCGACGGCUCCAUCUCCUUCAUCGGCAGAGCCGACACUCAAAUCAAGAUCAAUGGACAACGGGUCGAAGUUGGCGAGAUAGAACACUGGCUCGGACAGUAUUGGCUGCUGGAUACCCGGCCCGUGGUAGAAGCCGUGAAAUGGCCCUCUGGUGCAACGCAGUUGAUCGCCUUCGUCGGCACUGAAGCAGAUCCGACCACAACGAAUGGACGGCUCCAAGACUUGAUCAGGCACGCGACCUCGGCGCUUACCGACCAUCUGCCCAAGUACAUGAUACCUUCUGCGUAUUUUCCCGUCCAGGUCAUUCCCAUGACCGCGUCUGGAAAAACCGAUCGCAAAACACUACGACAGCUCGCUUUGGCCUCGCAAGACAAGUUGCUACCAGCGCAUCAGAGUUCGCCGAGCCACGAGCAAAACGGAACACAGCAGCCUCUGACAACUCACGAGCUCAUGCUCAGGAAGCAGUGGGCUGCAGCGUUGGAUACCGAUGAAUCUUUAGUCGGUCCCGAGGACAACUUUUUCGCAAAAGGAGAUUCUCUGGCAGCUAUCCGGCUUGUGGCUUUGUCCCGGCAGAACGCGCUCGCAGAAUUCACGGUCGCCGACGUGUUUCGUUUCCCGCGGCUGGCUGACCUUGCGUGCCACAUUGGCAAGCGAGAACCUCCGUCGUCAGACAAAAAGACACGGGCGGAAAUGGCUCCAUUUUCGCUGCUGUGCGAGACCGAGACUGAUAUCGACAGCUUGCGAGCAGCCAUCUCGCAAGCCGCUAUGUGCUCCGCCACCGAUGUUGAGGAUGCAUAUCCGUGUUCUCCAGUCCAGGAGGAAAUGAUGGCUCUUUCAGCGCUGCAGCCGCGAGAUUUCGUCACAUAUGAGGUUUUGCGAUUGCCAGCAGAGAUCGACAUGGCAAAGCUUCUCUCAACGUUACAGAGGCUGGCACAAGGCAUCCCAAUCCUUCGCACGUGCAUAACCCAUACUCGAGUCGCAACCGGCCACGACAGUCAUGAUCUGAUUCAAUCAGUGAUCCGCGCUUCUAUCCCUGUAUCGCGAUAUUCUGCCUUGGAUGAGUGUCUGGACGGCGAGAAGGCUAGGGUCGUGGGACUAGGGGACCCCCUGUUCCGGCUGGCUACUGUAGAGCAUGACAUCGACGAGGACGACCGCACCUCACCGGCGCAGCGUUGCCUUGUUCUCAUUAUGCACCAUGCGAUAUACGAUGGCUGGUUUCUGGAUCUUUUGAUGAAAGCUGUUCGAGAUGACUACGCCGGCAUCGAUCAAGCCAACCUCCUCCCGUACGGGCUGUUCAUCCAGUACCUGGAGCGAAGUGACCGCACAAAGUCCGCGGACUACUGGCUCAAUCGCCUGAAUAGCGUUGACCUAAGGUUAUUUCCCGCGUAUCCUACCCCAACUUACCGACCAUCACCCAGAAGUGUACAUCACAGCUGCAUUCCUGCAAUCCCCUGGGUGCGAGCCACAGGGGUGACACCAACCACUCUCAUCCAUGCAACGUGGGCCAUGAUUCUGUCUACGCACUCCGGAUCAGAUGACGUCGUUUUCGGGGCUACUGCUCUGGGCAGACAGGUCCCCAUGACGGGCAUUGAAAGCGUGGGUGGCCCUACGAUCGCGACGAUUCCUGUGCGGAUUAAGGCGGAGCAAGCGACGCCCGUCGGCGAGUUCCUUCGACGGAUACAAACUCAGGCUGCUGAAGCAAUCCCGUUCACUCACUUUGGGAUUAGGAACAUUCGAAGGCUGAGUCUCGAGGCUGAGAUGGCAUGCCAAUUUCGUACCUUUUUAGUCGUUCAGCCACCCACAACGGACGCAGACACUGACUACCUGAGCCUUGGCCGAGGCAGCGAAGACAUAAUGGCUUUCAACACGUACGCUCUCAUGUUGGAAUGCUCGCUCAACUUGACCGGCGGACUCGACAUUCGGGCAAGUUUUGAUGAGGAAGUGAUUACUUCCGGUCAGGUUCGUGAGAUGCUAAGCCAGAUGGAGCGAAUCUUGACCCUCCUUUGCUCCGAGGACAAGGCAUCCUCUGUCUCUGAUCUCAUGAUGCGCACAACAACAGAUUCAUGGGUGGGCACGUGCGCAGACAAAGUGCCAACUCACACUCCCCCGAUCGAUGAGGUUGAGCUUCACCUACGAAGCUGCAUGGGUCGAGGGAUCUCUGAUGUGGUGGUCGAGAUCGUUGAGCUGCCAGAAUUGUCAAAGCGCAUCGUCGCUUUUCUUUGCGUGGACUCAACGACAGACUUGAGAGACCGGGUUUCUGUUAUGUGCAGGGACAUGGCAAAUCGUUUCCCUCGCCAUCUUACACCUAGCCACUACCUGCCAGUGCAGCAGAUCCCGGUGUCUGAACAUGGGGGGCCGGAUCGACAUGCCUUGCAGCGGUUGGCACAAAAGGCGGACCCGCGACAGUUUGUCACUGACUCAUUCUAUCAUGCAACAAUGAGCGAGGAUGACGGAAGAGAUGGUGCUCUCACCGAGGUGGAAGAAGUGUUUCGACGUCUCUGGGCCAGCACCAUUCGCGUUCCAAUGACGUCCAUUGGGAAAGGCAGCUCUUUCCUGUUCCUUGGCGGAGACUCACUUACUGCGAUGAAGUUUGUGGCCGCAGCGAGAACAGACGGUUAUUCUAUUACCGUGGCGGAGGUUCUCAAAACGCCAAUUCUGGCAGAGAUGGCCGCCAUUGCGAGACGGGACGCCGACCGCACGGUUUCACCAGCAACUAUACCGCCAUUCACUCUACUGGACCCGGGAAUCGACAGAGGGCAACUUGCAGCAGCAUGUCACGUCAGCCCAAAGGCGGUCGAAGACGCCUACCCUUGUUCGCCGCUGCAGGAGAGCAUGAUGUCACGUACCCUGCAGCGCCCUGGAGAUUUUGUGUCUCGAGGUCUUAUUGAACUUCCCCCCAACGUUGAAGUGGAACGCCUAAAGAGGGCGUGGAGCACGGUCGCGGCCACGACGCCGAUCCUACGGACUCGAAUUAUUGACAUGGCCGGGCGAGGCCUCUUGCAGGUCAUGCUUGACGAGCCGCUAUCUUGGCACGAGUAUGACAACAUCGAUGCCGUCCAAGAAAUGGCAAUGGGACUAGGCCAGCCACUGAUACGCUUUUGUAUCGUCAGAGUCACAAAGGGUGACCAAUGGAGCCCCUCACUGCUACUCACGAUUCAUCACGCCAUAUACGACAGAUGGAGUGUCUUGCGCAUUCUGAAGGCCGUCGAAUCCGUCUACUCGAACGGAACAACUCAUGAAACGCUAUUGCCUUACAACAUCUUUGUCAACUAUCUCGUGCGGGAUCUGGAUGAGGGAGAAGCCAAAAGAUUCUGGGCACAGUACUUGUCUGGUCUUAGUGCACGCGAGUUUCCCUGCCUCCCGAGCAGGCGGUACCAACCGACGACGGAUGCUUACCUCAAACACCACGUAAGCGGAGUUCAGUGGCCUCGAAGCAUCACGCCUACUACAGUGCUCAAAGCAGGUUGGGCAACUGUGAUGUCUCUUUACACCAAUUGCGACGAUACCCUCUUUGGCAUGACUGUAAUGGGGCGACAGGGACCCGUUGCCGGGAUUGAAGCUAUCGCUGGCCCGACCAUCGCAACAGUCCCCAUCAGAGUAUUGAUCGACUGGAAAGAAAGCCCUCUCAGCUUGCUACGGCGAGUUCAGUCGCAGGCUGCGGAUAUGAUCCCGGUUGAGCAGUACGGCCUUGGUCGCAUCUGCCGUCUCGGGCCAGACGCAGAGCUGGCCACUCAAUUCCAGUCUCUCCUAGUCGUCCAACCGCCACGGAGCGCAUCUUCAGAAGACGGAAUGAUUGGUUUGCAACUAGGCGACGAUGUCGAAGAGGGUGACGCCACUGCGUUGACGAUUGAGUGCGCCAUAGACGACGAUCACCCGGCCCAAGGAGGAGGAUUUGUUGCGAACGUGAGCUACGACACGCGAGUCCUUGACCCGACGCAGGCGCAGCGCGUGGCUAGCCUGUUUGAGCAUGUGGUCCGACAGCUUUGCAUACACGGAGAGUCUGAUGACAUGGCUCUCGCGAGCAUCGACAUGACCACGAGGGAAGAUCGGGACACCAUCUGGACAACAAACGUGGACGUACCCCGGGAAUGGAACAUGCAUCUGGGCAUCAUGCUGGCUGAUCGCAUCGCCGAGCAAUCCGAUGCUACCGCCGUACGCGCCUGGGAUGGCGAGCUCUCCUACGGGGAGCUCUAUUCCCGAGCCCGAAGGUUGGCUUACACGCUCGUCGUUGAUCACGGCGCUGGACCAGAGAUUGCAUUCCCCAUCUGCUCCGCGAAGUCGCUCUGGGUCCCCGUGGCAAUGCUCGCGGUUCUUAUGUCCGGAGGCACCAUCGUUUUGAUGGAUCCGUCGCAGCCGCAAGAGCGCCUGACGCAAAUCGUGGAGCAAGUUGGCGCGCGGGUGAUCCUAACAUCCAGCAGUACUGGGGCUGUGGUUCAACAGCUUGGCAUUCGUGCCCUUGUUAUCGACUAUGAGUUGAUAUAUUCAUUGCCAGCGUCCAGUGCGGCCAUCAACGAUAGCUCAUGGGUCCCCGAGCUCCGACCAGAAGAUGCAGCCUACAUCGUAUUCACAUCUGGAAGCACUGGCGCGCCAAAAGGAGCGGCCAUGACCCAUGCAAACUGCUGCAGCGCGCUGUUCCACCAGAACAAGGCGCUGGGGAUCACCCAGCAGACUCGCGUAAUCGAUCUACCUUCAUAUGCCUUUGAUGUUUGCUGGGAGCACUUCGUGCAGGCGCUCUACUUCGGCGGCUGCAUAUGCAUACCCUCGGACGCGGAGUGUCUGAAUGACAUGACUGGAGCCAUCAACCGCUUCGAGGCAACCUUUUUGCAGCUCACGCCGUCAGUCGCCAGGGCGGUCGACCCAGCCACUGUUCCCAGCGUGGAGGCCGUGAGCUUGAUCGGGGAGGCCCUUUGCAUGGACGACGUUACAAGAUGGCCUCGAGACGUAAAGGUGCUCAACGUGUACGGGCCGUGUGAGUGCACGCCAACAGCCACGGUCGCUACGUACGGCGAGGACUUCUUCGACUCGGUGACCAUGGGCCUCUCGUACGGCGUCAACAGCUGGAUAGUCAGCACCGUUCAGCCAGAUACGCUAGCCCCCGUCGGCGGUGAGGGCGAACUCGUGCUGGAAGGGCCGCUUGUCGGCCGGGGUUAUCUCAAUGCGCCUGAGCAAAAUGAAAAGGCACUGAUCAACAAUCCCGCAUGGCUGUCCAGGGGGGACGGCGGGUCAGUUCCAGGGCGUCAGGGACGACUCUACCGUACCGGCGACCUCGUCAAGACCGAUUCUCGAGGGCGACUCGUCUUCAUGGGUCGCAAAGAUGCCCAAGUCAAGCUCCGUGGGCAGCGCGUGGAGCUGGGAGAAGUCGAGACCCAUAGUCGAAAGAUCUUGGGACCCUCUUUCAGCGUCGUCGCCGAGGUCAUUGACACAUAUCGCGGCACGACCGACAUGAAAGCUCAGAGUCUGGCACUCUUCAUCUGCACGGCCGAAGACGUUUCGGCUUCAGGCGCCGAGCCCCACCAACUGUCUCCUGCCUUGUUCAAAGACCUGUCGGCCCAGCUUGCUCAAUCUCUGCCAAAGUACAUGGUCCCAUCUUCAUUCAUUCGCGUGGAGCAGUUCCCUCUCACGGCGUCCGGGAAGAUUCAUCGGAAGGCCCUCCGCGCCAUCGGAGCCGCGACAAAAGCAGAGGAGAUGCAAAACAGGUCGGCUGCUGGUGAGCUUAAAUCGGAGAAUGAGAGGCUUCUGGCAAGUUCAUGGGCCGAAACACUGGGCAUCACGCCGGACGUGAUUGGGCGGUCGGACAGCUUCUUUGAUCUGGGCGGCGACUCCCUGGCGGCCAUACACUUGGUGGGAGUCGCGCGCAAGUUCCAGCUACAUCUAACUGUCCUGGCGAUAUUCCGGCACCCGCGCCUCGAGGACAUGGCCCGACAGCUAGAGGAGUCAACCGAGGCACUAGGCAGGACUGUGCCCGCCAGUUCUGCGCCUGCAGUCACUGCAGCUCUUGAUGCUGUCCCGACGCCCGCCGAGGUUUCCAAGGCCUUGUCAAUCGAGGUGCACUCUAUAACGGACAUCCUGCCGGUGACUGAGUUCCAAGAAUACGCUAUCAGAUGCACCUUGGCCAUGCCGCGGACUGAGUGGAAUUAUUUCGCUCUCGCGUUUCGGUCGCGCGCAGACGUGACGCAGUUGCGACGAGUGUGCGAGCAAUUGUUCCAGAAGCUAGACGUCCUCAGGAGCGUCUUUGCGCAGCACGGAGACGGAUAUGUCCAGGUAUUCCUCAAUCACCUCGAGGCGCCAGUUACCGUGACGCAGACCUCGGGUUCGCUCGAUGCUGCAUGCGCAGACGUCUGCCAGCAGGAUCUCGCCGAAGCCGUCUCCCUUGCGUCUCCUUUCGUCAGGUGCUUCAUUGUCCAAAACACAGAGACGGGUGAGGCGCGCCUGAUCUUGGGCAUGUCCCAUGCUUGCUACGAUGGCAUCAGCUCGGUACGCUUGGCACAGGCCAUCGGCGCUCUCUACGAGGAUCGGCCUCUGCCUGACAUUGGCAAGUUCGCGGAGUACCUCGGAAAUGCCCUGUCUCGGAGCGAGGAGGCUUUGGCACAUUGGUCUUCAGUGCUGGAAGGCAGUCCGCCGCCGCUUGCCCUCAACAGAGACUGCCCGCGUGCCGCGCAGACGCCCGAAGUUCGUGUCCGUCUCUCCAAGGAAGUAACCCUCAGACGCAUUCCCAGCGGCAUCACCGCGGCCACCGUUUUUGCGGCUGCGCUGGGGGCGGCAAUGGCCAGGCAGGCAGGGUGCGACGACGUUGUAAUCGGCCGCGCUGUAUCAGGACGAGCUCUCCCGUUCAGCACGCAAGAUACCGAGAGCGUCAUCGGCCCUUGCUUAAACCUUGUUCCUGCCCGCAUCAGAUUCGGCCGCUCAAGCGACGCGACGAGCGUGCUCACGGCGCUUCAAGAGCAAUUCACAGCAUCCAUCCCGCACGAGACCACUGGCCUGGCUGAGAUUGUGAAGCAUUGCACCAGCUGGCCCCUCGGCACAUCCUACGGCUGCGUGUUCUACUACCAGGGAAUGCAAGAUCCCAGAACGAGUAUUGCUGGUAACGAGGUGCAUCUAGAUGCCUUGCAGCUGGACAGGCCCGAUCCUCCGGAGCCGCUGCGUCUCGAUGUGACGCCCCUUGACGGCGGUGAGAAGUACAUGCUGGACCUUUCUGUGCCGACUGCGGCAUGUAACCUGGUUGACUGCUCUGGGUUGUUGGAUGGAAUGGUAGACUGGUUGUCAAGGCUUGGUGGCGAUGUGCCGGCCGUGACAUCGGAGUGCAGCGGCUCGAUGCCAGCUGAGGUCUUUUCCCGACCUUCGAUGGUGUUGGAAGGCCCGCCUGUGGCCGAAGUUCUGGCUUGA